GGGUUCUCUAAUCCAUCGUCAUCUCCCGGGGCCUCGUUUGGGGCAUUGCGCAGGACAGGGAGCUAUCCGUAUGGAUCACCAGCACCAUCGCCAAACAAACCUUUACUCAACACUACUAUUACUCCGCCGCCCCUUCUCCCGUCCGCCACACCAAACAAGCCCUUAGUCACUGCCUUUCACUCUUCCGUCCAAUGGAAAAUCCACUCCGAGGCCUCAAAGAAAACCAACAAAUUGAUGGUUAUAGACUUCACAGCAACAUGGUGUGGACCUUGCAAGACAAUGGAACAACCUAUCAAUGAACUUGCUUCUCAAUUCAGAGAUGUCGACUUUGUCAAGAUUGACGUCGAUGAACUCAUCGAUGUGGCUGAAGAGUUUAAGGUGAAGUGCAUGCCAACAUUCGUCCUGAUGAAGAGUGGGAAAGUGGUGGAUAUGGUUGUGGGAGCAAAGAAAGAUGAACUCCGCGACAAAAUUCUCAAACACAGAAACUAAUUACAAUUACUAUAUGCAUGAAGAACGCGUAAUAACUUGCAGUGGAGCAUAUAAUAAGAAUAAUACAUGAAGGCCUUGGGCAAAAUUAAAAACAGUAGUACUGUAUUUUAUAGUUGUCGUGAUUUAAACUGGACGAGAAUACACUGAGACAGAAGGAGUAUCAAUAAUUGUACCUCGGAGUAUUUGUUACCUUGCCAUAUAUAUGAAAACGUAUGGUAAAAUAGUUUACAUUAAAAUUGUUACCAAAUU